CUACCUACUUACAUAGAUAGAUAGGGUUUCUCCUUUCUCCGGAAAAAAGAUAGGGUUUCCCUUUCAGAUAGCGGCAUGAACGGAGACGGCAGCGGCGCUUCUUCUCAGACUCGGGUCUUCUUGACGGAGGAUAUACUGAUCAAUAUCCUUCUCAGAUUGCGGGCCGCUAUCUGCAUCGCCCGAUUCCGAUGCGUCUGCAGAUCGUGGAGGAUUCUCCUGUCUGAUCCCCAAUUCAUCCGCCGGUUUCUCUUCUUCCAAAAAUCCGACGACCUAGAAUCCCUCCAGAUCCUAUUCACCGGCGGACCGGACGCCCCUGAGACCACCGCGGUCGUUCACUACUCCUUAUACUCUUACGACACCCUCGGCCUCAUCUCCGAGGGAGACCUGCCCUGCGCGCCCUCCAACUCCAAGUCUUUUUCGUAUCCCCUGCAAUUCCGGCUGACGGUCGUCGGGUGCUGCGGCGGCAUAUUCUGCAUCGCCGACGCGAACCCCAAUGCCCCCUCCGACCUCAUCCUGUGGAAUCCGGCGACUUCCGAGACCAAGCUGAUCCUGCCGCGCACCACGUGUCCCCCCUACCCUCCCGGCCUGGAAAAGUACGUGGAGCUCGCCGGUUUUGGAUACGAUCCGGACACAAAUGACUACAAAGUGGUCAGGAUAUUGAAAAUGGAUCAUGAUCAGGAUGAAAUCUAUCUUCCUCUCCCACAACCGUUCAUGUACGCAGAGGUUUAUAGCUUGAGGAAGGAUUCCUGGAAGAAGCUAAUCGACGACGACAGGGCCGAUCUCUCGAGAUCGGCCUUCGGGCACUACGUUUAUCAGCAGCGGGAAAUUUCGCGAAACCACAAGUGUUACUGGUUUACUGGAGGAUGCAGUAGAGAAUGGUCUACCCUUUCGUUCGACAUGAGCCAGGAAGUGUUCGAAUACACCUCCUUCACUCACCCGCCUGCCAUGGAGGGUUGGGUUUGUUCGUCCUGUUUUAUGUUGAAGGAGUCGUUUGUGGCUUUCUUGGCUGCUUCGUACAAUCGCGAUCCGUAUUAUCAGGUGUGGGUCUUGUUGAAGCAGGGCGUGACCGAUUCAUGGACUAAGUUGCUCACCCUUGCUGAGCCAUACGCACCCUACCAAACACAUGCUUUGGAAAUCUGGAAGGAGGGUGCGUAUAUCUGCUCCAAAGGGAAGUACUACACAAACAGGCACGGGGGCCAUGUAUACAUUUCUCGUCUCAGGACGUCAGAAGAAGAAGAAGGUGGCGAUGAUGAGCGUAUCGAAAUCCGAGGCCGAACCCUCCCGUUUCAAGCUCUCGCUUAUAUUCCAACUCAGGCAUCUCUGUCCCAUUUGGAGUAAGUAGUUUGUGUUGCUAUAUGUGCACUUCCGGCCUCAAGCUGUGUUUGCGAGCUGUCAUAAGAUAGUAUGAAUAAAUGGUGAUUGAUGAAUUGUACCAGAGGAGGAUAAAGGGGUUUGGGAAACCAACAUUGUUGUUGUUAUUGGAAGCCCAUAUGUUAUGAUAGAUUUGUGGAAAUAAGGGUGCGAUCAUACCAGCACUAAUGCUCGUGGAAAUAAACUUUGUAUGAAUGAGAUACAAUGAUUUAUUACUUUGAUCAAGAAAUAAAAUAAAAUAAAAAGAUUUAG